AUCUCUGGACGAUUUCCGCCCAGUGCGAAACUUCGUGGGACUGUUCAGAGUGGUGUAUCAAAAAAUGUGGAUAUUACUCGGUCUUGCCAUCGAAUUGCGACGAUUGUCUAACGCCAGUCAUUAUAGACCCGAAUCCAGACAUUACAGACCCGCAACAACCUACAGACCAAAUAAUGCAUGCGGUACAGCGCCGCAGUUCUGAUAUAAGUUACGGACCGUGUACGUACCUGUGCUCUCAGUCUCAGACUUGCACCGCCACUGUGACUUGCAACUCUUGCUCUAUCAGCGAUACUUACGGCAUGUUUGAAUUAAUCGAUAACACCGUGUACAAAAAAAGUUGCAGCACGCCCUUGUGCACAAGUUGCAACGCAUACAACGCAUGCCCAAAUGCUGGAAAUUAUAAAUACACUGUGAGUUGCAGCGCAACAAACGACAACGGUUACGCUAGCUUCUCGUCAGACACUGCAACAGGAACGUACACGCUCACAUUCGUAGAUGACAUUGAUCCGCCCUUCACAUAUAGCGCUGGACCAAGUAUACAACUUGGACGAAGUAUUGCGGGCAAUGGCAACCUUGUCAACGCAAUCGUGUCCAAUCCCGAAGACACCUCGUUAGACAACGACUUUGUGACCUUCUACAGUGCCGAUAGUUUCUCGUGGUUAUCCCUUGGAUCAUCAAAUGGCAAUAUCCAAGUGACCAGCAGUGUUUCGACCUCUGCGGGUACAUACAGUAAAGUGUAUUGCGCCCGGAACCGACGCUCCAAGACGACAUGUGCGACGUUGAGCAUCACAGUGUAUGACAGCUACGUUAGCAACUCACCGGCCAUAACGUCCCUGCACGAGAACACAGACGCGCUCAAGAAUCUGUGGACUAUCACCGCGAAGUGUGACAUCUCGUACACGUGCGGAGGAUUCACGUGCUCUGCCCAAGAAGACUGUGACUCGUGUACAGUCAGCAAUACACAGAACUUCUUCGCAAUGAGUGGUACUCAUACCGUGUACAAAAAAGAAUGCCUCACUCCCUUAUGCGACACGUGCAGCGUAAGUAAUUACUGCGCCAACCAAGGGGAGAUCUACACCUACACAGUGUCGUGUGUCCGAACCAACACCUUCGGCUACUCUGGCUUCACUUCUGGAACCGCUACGAAAACGGUCUCCCUGUCGUUUUUCGCUGAUGUCAAUCCGCCUUUUGCGUACGAUUCCAGUAUUGGCAACUCCAUAAACAUUGGCAAAGGCAUUCCGGGCACAGGUCAGAUGGUCAAUAGGAUCUUCUCCAAUCCGGAGGAGACCACAGAUGACAACGAUGUACCCGUUUUUUGGCGUAGUUCCGGUGACAACCCUGCGUGGCUAACCGUCGUUCGAGCAACUGGUGAAAUCAAGGUGACGUCAUCAUUGACCUCGGAGACUGCUACCUCCAUGAGCAUUGUCAUGUGCGCUGAGAACAGACGUCAUCAGACAACGUGCCAAACACUGACUAUCCAAAUUUAUCACAUGUCCAUUACGAACAAUCCGUCUAUCGUUAGUCUGCACGAAAACACUGACAUCGAUAAGCUGCUUUGGACCAUCACGGGCACAUGCGACAUCUCGUACCAGUGCUUCUCGGUGUACACCUGCGCCCAAUCUCACGUCUGCGAUAGCUGCGCUGUAACUGACACUUACAACUUCUUCUAUGUUGAUGGUACCCAUGCAGUGCACAAAAAGGAAUGCCUCACUCCCUUAUGCGACACGUGCAGCGUAGGUAAUUACUGCGCCGACCGAGGGGAGACCUACACCUACACAGUGUCGUGUAUCCGAACAAACACCUUCGGCUACUCUGGCUUCACUUCUGGAACCGCUACGAAAACGGUCUCCCUGUCGUUUUUCGCUGAUGUCAAUCCGCCUUUUGCGUACGAUUCCAGUAUUGGCAACUCCAUAAACAUUGGCAAAGGCAUUCCGGGCACAGGUCAGAUGGUCAAUAGGAUCUUCUCCAAUCCGGAGGAGACCACAGAUGACAACGAUGUACCCGUUUUUUGGCGUAGUUCCGGUGACAACCCUGCGUGGCUAACCGUCGUUCGAGCAACUGGUGAAAUCAAGGUGACGUCAUCAUUGACCUCGGAGACUGCUACCUCCAUGAGCAUUGUCAUGUGCGCUGAGAACAGACGUCAUCAGACAACGUGCCAAACACUGACUAUCCAAAUUUAUCACAUGUCCAUUACGAACAAUCCGUCUAACGAUAGUCUGCACGAAAACACUGACAUCGAUAAGCUGCUUUGGACCAUCACGGGCACAUGCGACAUCUCGUACCAGUGCUUCUCGGUGUACACCUGCGCCCAAUCUCACGUCUGCGAUAGCUGCGCUGUAACUGACACCUACAACUUCUUCUAUGUUGAUGGUACUCAUGCAGUGCACAAAAAGAAAUGCCUCACUCCCUUAUGCGACACGUGCAGCGUAGGUAAUUACUGUGCCAACCGAGGGGAGACCUACAACUACACAGUGUCGUGUGUCCGAACCAACACCUUCGGCUACUCUGGCUUCACGUCUGGAACCGCUACGAAAACGGUCUCUUUGUCGUUUUUCGCUGAUGUCAAUCCGCCUUUUGCGUUCGAUUCCAGCCUUGGCAACUCCAUAAACAUCGGCAAAAGCAUUCCGGGCACAGGUCAGAUGGUCAAUAGGAUAUUCUCCAACCCCGAGGAGACUACAGACGACAACGAUGUACCCGUUUUUUGGCGUAGUUCCGGUGACAACCCCGCGUGGCUAACCGUCGUUCGAGCCACUGGUGAAAUCAAAGUGACGUCAGCAUUGACCUCGGAGACUGCUACCUCCAUGAGCAUGGUCAUGUGCGCUGAGAACAGACGUCAUCAGAAAACGUGCCAAACGCUGAAUAUAACAAUUUAUUACACCUCCAUUACGAACAACCCGUCUAUCGUUCGUCUGCACGAGAACACGGACCGCGACAAGUUGCUAUGGAACGUUACGGGCACGUGCGACAUCACGUAUCAGUGCUUCUCGGUGUACACGUGCGCCGAGACUCACGUUUGUGAUAGCUGCGUUGUUACUGACACCUACAACUUCUUCUAUAUUGAUGAGCCAGCCCACGAUGUGCACAAGAAGACCUGCCUGAAGCCUCUCUGUGAGCCGUGCUAUAUCAGCGACUUCUGCGUCAACGAAGCUGAGACGUACAAUUAUACCGUGGACUGCGUCAAGACAAACUACAAUAGCUUCUCUCAAUUCACCACUGGGCACGCCGUGCGCACACCGUCUCUGUAUUUCUACACGGAUAUUAUACCACCGUUCAAGUAUGACGACGGAAAUAACAUCGUCGUAUUCCAGAACAAUUCCUACAAGGACACCAUCAUCAACAAGAUUAUCUCUAACCCGGUUAACGAAUCCGACGAUAAUGACGAGAUAUUCUACUACACGGACCGACCACCGCGACCGUCUUGGAUACACGAAAAUAUCCUGUUCGUAUUGGACACUAGCAAUGGCUUUGUUAAAGUCAAUAAAACACUCGAGUUUGAAUUUUCCUACACAUUCGACAUGAGGCUGUGCGUCCGAAAUCGUCGACAGUUUAUUAACUGUGACACAUUCAACAUAACACUGUGGGCGUGUUACCAGACUCCGAACUGCACGGACCAGGAAAUACUUGACCUCAAUGAUACCCAUGGCAUCUAUGGACACAGUAACAACAAAUCCCUGUUCCAGAUGAUCUACAAACAACCCACCUACCACUUCCCCAACUUCAGGAAUACUUGGUCAAAUCUGACGUGGACGCUGGAUAAUGGUGGAUUUAUUGAAUCAACAAUCAACCCUUUAACGGGUGAAAUCUACUUGACGCAGAACAUCAGUAUCUGGCCAUCGUGGCCGACCAGACACUAUAUAGAGACUGUAACAGUGGCCAACUCCGAGUCAUGCUACACCACCACGUGUCAAAUGGAUGUCACCAUUUGGUAUACGAACUGGAAACCCCGGAUUAGCAGCUUACCAGCCCAGAAAAAACUGCACGAGGAUACGGACGCUGAGACGUUGCUCCACAACCUUGAAGUGUAUGACUACAACUACGACAGGCCUGCGGACGGCCAUGCGCUUGAGGACAACUCCACUUGCUGGAUUGAAUACGUGUUCGAUCAGUGGGGUGAGAACGACAUGGAGCUGUUUGAACUGAAAGAGGAUCCAAACAAUCCGAAAAGAUGGAACUCUUAUUCGCUGUACAAACGAGAGUGCAACGUCUCCGGCUCUCCGUAUACCCCACCAUGCGGGUACAAGCGGGAAAACUUCACGUGCCCGAAACACACGGGCUGCAUGACCCACAACGUGACUCAGUGGUACGACGUGUCAAUCCGAUGCAGGGACGGAUAUGGGGCCGAGGAUAACCGAAACUUCUCGUUCUAUCCCGAGCCUAACGUGGCUCCGGAGUAUAGCAAUUUACCUAAGAGCAUAACGCUGAACGUAAAGACCGGAAGUGAACAUGACAUCAUUUUCUCCACCAUGUACCGAGACGCCGAGAAUGAGAAUCUCACAUAUGAGUAUACGUUCGUUAAACAGGGCGGGGGCGACGUGACCUACUUUAAAGGCGACCCCAGUGGAAACUAUUUCAACCAGCUUGGCAAUGUGUCCCUCACGACGUACAUGUACGAAACGCCCAACGCCACGUACAAGAUACUAAUAUGUGGCCACGAGCGGCGGAAUGAGAUAUGCGAAUACCUUACUGUGGAUUUCAGAGAUUAUUGCGGUCCCACUCCCGAAUGUAAUAGUAAUUCCACAACGGUGACGUCAGAGACACCUGCGGGAACUGUGAUAUUUAGCGUUGCCGUCACGAACGCUGCGCUCUACACCAGCUUGGAGUUUUCCCUUACAGCGCAAUAUGCCAAUAUGUUUGAUAUUAAUGCCUCAACGGGAAUUGUCAAAACAACGUCCAAACUUGCCGCUUCAUAUCCAUCGACUACAUACAGUUUGAACGCCUUUGUGACCGACGUUAACUCGUGCGGUUUCUACUCGGUGUGCCCACUGACGUUGGUCGUCACCUACAUCAAUUUUCCGCUAAAUAUAACGAACCUGCCAGCUACAGUCACAAUCAAAGAAGAUACGCCGUACACCGUGACGUUAUUCACUGUUAUGACGUCAGACCAGAAUACCAAUGAUGAGGUCAUAUGUGCCAUAACCAAUCCAAAUGACAACAAACCGUUUUACAUGGUUGAAACAUUCACUGGAUCGGGAGUGUAUGUUGUGAAGAACUACGUAGCUGGGACGAACACAGCUCGCCAGCUCUCAUCCGCAAAGCUUUCGUAUAACGUCAGCAUCAGCUGCAACGACACCAUCGGUCAGGGCGACACUGGUGACCUCACGAUUGACGUCAUACCCAACGAGGGGCCCAGUCUUACCACAAUCAUUAAUGGCACGGAACCCUGGCAUGUUGACCAGUCGGUGAUGUUCAAAGGAGCCGUGCUCUGGACGGAGUCGGCCAAGGACCCCGAGGGCGAUGCUCUGACGUACACGUGCACUGUGAACAGCAGCAACAACCCACUUACAUGCGCCGUGGACAAAAACACGUUAUCAAUAAAGAUGCGGCGGAACGUGAGUAUCGGAAGGGAAAACGACAAAGUGUUUUCUAUCGACGUGUGUGUUGGCGACGAAAAGCACGUCAAUCAUAGCUGUGGAACUCUUACUAUACUAUUUACAGCCAAGCACACGUACCCCUCCAUAACCAAUCUCCCUAACAUCACCUUGGUGCCAGAGGAUAAGGCAGUAGGAUCCACGCUGUUCGAGCCCGUUGUCUUUGAUUUGGACGUUCCCGUGGAGACCAAACAGUUCUCCAUGAAAGUCGUACCGGCGUCGGCGUCUUCCUAUUUUCUUUUGGAUAAAACCACCGGGUUUGUUACAUUAGCGAAGGGUUUGGAUUAUGAGACAACAUCGUCAUAUUCCCUAUACAUCGACGUUAAGGACCCAUACCUAUCGAGCCAGUCGUCUGGGCGUCUGAUAAUUAACGUCACUAACGUCAACGAACCAAACACGUUAACGGCAAAGAAAACAACAAUUAGUUUUAAGGAAACGCGGAAAGUUGGGACGUCGUUUAACUUUGGCCUCAGGUGUACGGAUGCUGAUGAUUUUGACACGCAAACCUUUUCCAUAAAAAGUGGAGCACACAAAGACUACUUCAGGAUGGACAGCUCAAGUCCUCUCAUAUACCUAACAAAAUCAUGGGAUCUGGACGACACGACGGUGAACCUGCCUACAAGUACCAUGCUGGUGGUGCAGUGCGAGGACUCCGUGGGCCUCACUUCCGCCGUGUACCUCAACUUUCUGAUUGAGGACGUCAAUGAUCACAAACCGGAGUUUGCUUACACUCUCCCGCCUGGUCAGAAUGACUUAAAAUUUAAACUUGCUUCCAACGCCUCCUUGUCGACAUCCUUGCUGACGCUCAGUGCCACGGACCCAAACAUUUCGUUCGGCAUAUUGGGUAACGGCCUCGGUAGAAAGUACUUCCGGAUGGAGAAGCGUGUUUCCAGGAAGCGCGCGACAUCGACAACUGCGGAGCUGAAGUUGCGACAACCAUUAGACUUCAGCAACACGAAAACAUUCAGCUUUUAUGUAAAGAUCAGUGACGGUGGAACGCCCCCUCAGUUCAGUGCGUUAGAAAUAACCGUCGAAUACAGCCCCGACCCACACGUUCCAAAAGCGGCGGACAUCUCCAAAUGCCUAACGUGCUCGAAAUCCGGUCAGAGCUUGAUAGCGGUGUUGGCAGUCGAGUGUGCCAUUGCGCUUGGCCUCAUCGUGCACGGGCUCUUCGCCACAGGGAUCAUUGGUUCUUCAGAUAAAAUACGGCCUAUAACUACCAAUACUCCUGGGAACAUGCGAUACAUAAACAACAAGAAUCGUGUUACUCAAAUUGGAAACAUAACAAAGGAAGCACAUCGUUUGAAAAUUCAAGUGACGGCGAUAGCGUCGACAAAGAAGAUGGCACUAACUGAGUUGGACAGCAACAGCGACAGCAGUUCCUCAUCUGAGAGUGAGAACGAUCAGGCCGUGCAUGUUAACAGAAGACGAGACAAUGUCGCAAAAUCUGGCUUCUUUGCGACUUCACGCCUGAACAGGUAUGCUGCAAAAGUGUCUUCCGAUUCGGGGUUUCCUGCACCAGUUUAUGACCGUCAGAUAAAGUUACCACAUACCGGGUCAUCGUUGCGGACACACCCGGCCCACAUUCUUUCUAAGAGUGGUAUAUCUAGCAGGGACGCUGCCGGAAGUGAAAGACAAACGGGUGGUGUAUUUACAAUCGCUAAUCCGGCCAAUGCACCCCGCAGCGGAGCGUCGACGGGAUUGCCUUCGGGGAUUUAUGCUGGCGGCAGCGGUGUGUCAACGGGCUUGCCUGGCGGGAUCUAUGUUGGCUCGCACAAAAAUGGGGACCGUUCAUAAACACUAUCCUGAAUGACAUAUAACAUGCUGUGAAAAGUUCGUUUAGACAGUGUUUACGCAUUGUGAGUUGAUGUUAUAAAUAUGCGCGUUAGUGCUUGCAUGUGUCACUUCGUCAACGUGUAAUGAGUUCCAUAGUAAUAAAACUUUCCUGAAAGAAUGACAAAAAUCUUAUUUUUUUUAAUGAACGAACACGAUCGUAUUUAUGAUCCAAUAAUUACGUUGGUGGCAUUGGCGCGCCUCUUUAUUUUUGUUAUUUUUUUAAACAAAUGAUUUAUUGCAACUAAACACGGUUGAGUGAUUACUACAAACCUGCAUAUUAUUAAAUUGUAUGUCUAACUUAUGGCAUCAUGUAAACAUGGCAUAUAAUAAUGUGUAUGCACUUCAUAAAAAUGUGUUGUUUUUUUUUCCAUUCCAAAUUACAUGAGUUCCUAUGUUUGAAUUGUCUUUUUUACAGAUUUAUAGUAUUGCAUGUAAAUAUCUAGGUAUAUGAUACGAUUGUAUGCCUAUAUAAGGCUGUGGAAUAAAUACCAAAUUCGCAGAUUGUCCGUUUAAUACGGCAAAUAUCGUCAGCUUUGCAAAUACCGUAGCCUUUCUUACAACUACCUUUUUGUUGUAGAAGUGACGUUUUGAUGUGUUGUGUUUUAUUAUCAUCAUGUGUAAAUUCGCUUUUCACUUCUGCAUUGGUAGUAGGGUUCUUUAACAUGA